AAUUUCACAAGUUUUUGCAAUGUAGAAAGCAAUAUUUUGAAAAGAGCUGAAAGUUCACUCACGAUUCUCACCCACCCGUCCAGUCAUACUGCCACACUCGAGGAAAACCUAACGAAUUUAUGGGAAACUGACAUGACGGGGGACAUGAGUGACGCGCAUGGCAUUUAGGGGUUUCACAAUACGCAUGCGCUGCGACCCUCAACCUUUUACUCCACGCCAUUUUCCCGCUGAUUACUCUUCGAAAAAAUAGAACAGAGUGUAAUGGCAAGUACAGAGGACAACAAACCUGGAGGUGUCCAGCAAAAUAAGCCACCACCCCCUCAACCAGUAGCCACAUCACAAAGGUCGACUACCCCAAGUGGAACAACAACAAAUACUACCACAACAACUACUGCUACCACUACACCAUCUUCUAAUACCAAUCUGACUGGAAAGAGACCCAACUACACACUGAAAUUCACAUUAGCAGGACAUACAAAAGCUGUUUCCGCUGUCAAAUUUAGCCCAAAUGGAGAAUGGCUUGCCAGUUCUUCUGCUGACAAACUAAUCAAGAUAUGGGGUGCUUAUGAUGGGAAAUUUGAAAAGACAAUUACAGGGCAUAAACUGGGUAUUUCAGACGUUGCAUGGUCAAGUGAUUCCAGGUUACUCGUGUCUGCCUCAGACGAUAAAACACUAAAAAUAUGGGAACUAAACUCGGGGAAGUGUUUGAAGUCGUUGAAAGGACAUAGUAAUUAUGUGUUUUGUUGUAAUUUUAACCCACAGUCCAAUCUCAUAGUAUCUGGUUCGUUUGACGAGAGCGUACGGAUAUGGGAUGUGAAGACUGGGAAAUGUUUAAAAACGUUACCUGCCCACUCGGAUCCAGUGUCAGCAGUUGAUUUCAAUAGAGACGGUUCUCUUAUAGUUUCUAGCAGUUAUGAUGGUCUUUGUCGUAUAUGGGAUACAGCGUCAGGGCAAUGUUUGAAGACGCUCAUAGGCAAGUUUAUUUUAUUAUUAUACAUCAAUCGAACAAUUCUGAUUUUAGUUCAGUAA